AACCCCUUUUUUAGCUAUCUCCUCACCUGACUGCUGCUUUCCUCCAUACUCGCCAUAACAACCCGACGUUGGAUCUAUUCUCUUUCAAUCUCUCUCUUCUUCUGUUAGGUAAAGAAGAAGGAAAAUAAACAAAGAUGGUGAAAAUCUGUUGCAUUGGAGCUGGUUAUGUUGGAGGCCCAACCAUGGCUGUGAUUGCAUUCAAGUGCCCGUCGGUUGAAGUGGCUGUUGUUGAUAUCUCGGUGCCUCGAAUCACAGCAUGGAACAGUGAUAAACUCCCUAUUUACGAGCCUGGGCUCGAUGAAGUGGUGAAAAAGUGCAGGGGUAAAAAUCUGUUUUUCAGUAAUGAAAUAGAGAAACAUGUUGCAGCUGCAGAUAUAGUUUUUGUGUCCGUGAAUACUCCCACCAAAACUUCAGGUUUGGGAGCUGGAAAAGCGGCUGAUUUGACAUACUGGGAGAGUGCUGCGCGUAUGAUAGCUGAUGUGUCCAAGUCUUCAAAAAUUGUAGUUGAGAAAUCAACUGUUCCGGUUAAAACAGCAGAAGCAAUUGAGAAGAUUUUGACCCACAACAGUAAAGGCAUUGAGUUUCACGUGCUCUCAAAUCCGGAGUUCCUUGCUGAAGGUACUGCAAUCACGGAUCUUUUUAAUCCUGACCGUGUUCUCAUUGGUGGUCGUGAAGAAAACGCGGGUGGUUUGAAAGCUAUUCAAACACUAAAAGAUAUUUACGUUCAGUGGGUCCCACAGGAACGGAUUAUAUGUACCAAUCUUUGGUCUGCUGAAUUGUCAAAGCUUGCGGCUAAUGCUUUUUUGGCUCAAAGAAUCUCUUCUGUUAACUCAAUCUCAGCACUAUGCGAGGCUACUGGCGCAAAUGUUACUCAAGUUUCAUCAGCGGUUGGUAAAGACUUGAGAAUUGGGUCUAAGUUUCUUAACGCCAGUGUCGGGUUUGGUGGGUCUUGUUUUCAAAAAGAUAUUUUGAAUUUGGUGUACAUAUGUGAGUGCAACGGUCUCCCGGAGGUAGCAAAUUACUGGAAACAGGUUAUAAAGAUCAAUGACUACCAAAAAAAUCGAUUUGUGAAUCGACUUGUAUCUUCUAUGUUUAACACAAUAUCGGGAAAGAAGAUCGGCAUAUUAGGAUUCUCAUUUAAAAAAGACACCGGUGAUACAAGAGAAACCCCUGCAAUUGAUGUGUGUAAAGGUUUGUUAAAUGAUAAAGCUCAGUUAGUCAUUUAUGAUCCACAAGUACCCGAGGCACAAAUAUUUAAGGAUCUUUCAACCCCAAAAUUUGACUGGGACCAACUUGGCUCGACCAUCCAAAUAACUGAAGAUGCUGUGGCGCAAAGUGUUAAAGUCGUUCAUAAUGCCUAUGAAGCAACUAAAGAUGCACACGCGAUUUGUAUACUAACCGAGUGGGACGAGUUCAAAAGUCUUGAUUACCAAAAGAUCUACAACAACAUGCCAAAACCAGCUUAUAUGUUUGAUGGCAGGAACGUAGUAGAUGUUGCAAAGCUAAGGCAAAUUGGGUUUAUUGUUUACUCAAUUGGGAAGCCAUUGGACCCGUGGCUAAAGGACAUGCCUGCCAUUGCUUGAGCUUGAAGAUGGAUUACUAUUUAUUAGCCAAAUUAACUUCCUAUGGUUCAAUUUCUUUUAAUUCUAGUGUUUUUCUUUUGACUU